AUGAAUUCAAAAAUUAAAGGGAUAACGGAUGAUAUAACAUCAAUUCCACCAGAAGAACAAAGAUAUUACGCAUUAAAUGCAUUUCCUAAAGUUUUGAAGAUUGGAAGAUUUAAUUUAAAUGAGGAAUUCAUAAAAGGUUUCCUAAAUGACAUAAUGAAGAAAGUAGAUAAGGAAUAUGUGGAUAGUGAGUUAAAUAAGAAGGCAAAUUUGGUUUAUGUGGAUGAAAAAGAUAAUGAAAUUAAAGAAAAGGUUGAAUGGUAUCAUGAAUGGACAUUGGAGACUUUUAAAGUUAAAGCUGAUAAAGGAUGGGUUUCAGGAUGUUUAGACCUUAAAGCGGAUAAAACUUAUGUUAAUGAUGAGUUAAUGAAGAAAGCGGAUAAAGAACAUACACAUAACUUCUUCUCAACUGUUUCUAUAGAAAAUAUUGAAGGAACGGUCGAGGGAACUGAUGGGGAUGCAUUAUAUUAUAAACCUCCUAACUUUCCACAAGGUUUAACAUCGAAUGAAAACAUAACAACGAAUAAAAAAAUUAGCUGUAAAAAUGUUUAUGUCAUGAGUAGUGAAAAUAAUGUUAAAUUCACUGCUCAAGAUUUAUAUGAUAAGAAAGCCGACAAAACUUAUGUUAGCGAUGAGUUAGAGAAGAAGGCAGAUAAGGAAUAUGUUAACGAAAUAUACCAAAGUUUGAUAGGAACAACAAAAAAUAUUGAAACUAUUGUUGGUGACUUUUCUGUCAAUGAAGAAAAUAAAUAUUUUAGAUGGCAGUUUGUACAGUCCUUAAAAAAUGGUACACGGUGUAAACUCAUUCCGAAAAAUAACAAUGAAAUAUAUGUAAGCUAUAAAAAGAAUAAUGGUACACAAGUUAAAGUUCCAUUAGAUAACAACUGUUACUUAAACUUAUAUGGAGACGAACAAAAGAAAUAUUUAAGAGUUUAUGAAAUGGCAGAUAUG